AAACUGUGUUUCUGACGGAGUCUGAUGGAGAGCAAGUUUCUGUCAUUGUGGUAAAAUGUGUAAAGUCCAGAUGCUGAGAGCGUUGGUGAAGCAGCGACUAACUGCGGCUGCUGAAGAGAUAUGUGGGCUGUUUGAAAGAACGAUAGCAGAGUACGAGGAGGAACUCUCUCGAUCAAAAGAGGAGAACGAGCGACAACAGAAACUACUGGACGCUGUUUUACACCCUCAGCUUCAGUUACACAGAGCAGACGUCCAGCAGCUGUUGGUGGUUAGAGAAGAGGAUCCCACUGAGCAGCAGGAGUGGAGCCUCAGUCUGGACCAGGAGGACCCAGAUCCCCCACACAUUAAAGAGGAACCAGAGGACCUCUGGACCAGUCAGGAGGGAGAGCAGCUUCAAUGGCUGCAGGAGGCUGAUAUCAAGUUCCCAUUCACCUCUGUCCAUGUGAAGAGUGAAGAAAAUGAUGAAGAGAAAGCUCAGUCCUCACAGCUUCAUGAAGGACAAACUGAGGAGAACAGAGAGGCAGAGCAUUUGAUAACAGAAGCUGAUGGAGGAUCAGAACCAGCCAGGAUCUCAGAUCCAGAUAGUCCUUUACAACCAGCUACUCAUGAUGAGACUUCACCCUCCUCUGAAUCUGAGACUGAUGACAGUAGAGAUUGGGAGGAGACUAAGGAACCUCAGUCAGGUUCAAACCCUCUGCAAAACAAUGAAGUAUCUGUAAGUGAUAUGGAAGUCCAGAUGGUGGUGGUAAUGCACCUCUAA